AGUCCAAGUUCCAAUUACGUGGCAACAGAUGAGUUUGGCCCUAACUCCCAUCUUCUUCAAUUCGCGGAGUUCACGAGGUCCAGUUCCCAAACCUCUCUCUUUCUCGAGAAGACCUCAAUUCAUAAUCACUUGCAUUGAUUGAUUAUUUGAGCUCUACAUACAAGCAGCAUUGCAGUUUUACAGCGAAAUGAUGUGGAUUACGAGAUCUAUACGGCGUUCGUUGAUGCUGCCCCACUCUCAUGCUGCCAGUUAUUCGACGGCGCUGACGUCAGUGGCGGCGGUCGAAGCUGAGAGGAGUAUAAGAGAAGGGCCGAGAAAUGACUGGAGUAGACCAGAAAUUAAGUCCAUUUAUGAUUCUCCUGUCCUCGAUCUCCUCUUUCAUGCCGCUCAAGUUCAUAGACAUGCUCACAACUUCAGGGAAGUGCAGCAGUGUACUCUUCUUUCUAUUAAGACUGGUGGGUGCAGUGAAGAUUGUUCAUAUUGUCCCCAGUCAUCCAGAUAUAAUACUGGCCUGAAAGCACAAAAGCUUAUGAAUUCGGAUGCCGUUCUGGAGGCAGCUAAAAAGGCAAAAGAGGCUGGUAGCACUCGAUUUUGUAUGGGUGCUGCAUGGAGAGACACAAUAGGAAGGAAGACCAAUUUCAACCAGAUCCUAGAGUAUGUGAAGGAAAUAAGGGGUAUGGGUAUGGAGGUCUGCUGCACCUUGGGAAUGCUGGAGAAGCAACAAGCAUUAGAACUCAAGAAAGCAGGUCUUACAGCUUAUAACCAUAACCUUGACACCUCAAGAGAGUACUACCCUAAUAUUAUAACUACAAGAACCUACGAUGAACGCCUGCAAACCCUUGAGCAUGUUCGUGAAGCAGGGAUCAAUGUUUGUUCAGGAGGAAUAAUUGGGCUUGGAGAAGCAGAAGAGGACCGAGUUGGUUUGUUACAUACUCUGGCUACUCUUCCAACACACCCUGAGAGUGUUCCCAUUAAUGCACUGCUCGCAGUAAAAGGCACUCCCCUGGAAGAUCAAAAGCCAGUUGAGAUAUGGGAGAUGAUUAGGAUGAUUGCAACAGCCCGGAUUAUAAUGCCGAAGGCAAUGGUCAGGCUUUCAGCUGGUAGAGUUCGGUUCUCCAUUCCCGAGCAGGCCCUCUGCUUUCUUGCUGGCGCAAAUUCUAUCUUCACCGGAGAGAAGCUGUUGACAACUCCCAACAACGAUUAUGACGCUGAUCAGUAUAUGUUCAAGCUGCUUGGACUAAUUCCAAAAGCCCCAGAUUUCUCACAGAACUCUGGAAAAGAUUUUGAAUCUGAAAAUAUUGAAGUGGCUGCUUCUAGUUCAGGUUGAGAAUGCCUGGAGGGAGCACUGUUGAUUGUUCCAGUGUGUUUCUUUUACCUAGAUUACUCUUACGCAGUGCUCUCAUCUUAUUUUAUGGAUUGCUACUGUAUGAUUAAGCUGAUAUAAAAUGUAAUUUCAUAACGUCCUCACAUGUAGGCUGAAUUCUUUUUUCACGUGCA